ACCAUCAUCAGGAUCCCCCUCCUCCCAUGGGCUUGAGCAGGGCCUGUCCCUCCCUCCAUAUUUCUUUCUGGAUAUUAUUUUUACUGACGAUAUCUGGCCAUUUGGAUUCCUAUUCCCCUAUCUACGAAUUUCUUGGACUUUUUCCUGCCGCCCCUUCGCUCCAAGGUUGCGUGUGCACUGCCGCGGGCCUGACGCGGUACCUGAUCCUUGGAUAGCCCGAGCCAGCUCACCUCUUGGGGGUGAAGGAAUGUGGUUUUUUCGGCACACCUCCGAUCAUCUGCUUUUCCUUGCGUUCGGAUCAAUGGGGAUCAUCCUGCGCUGAUCCGGGCUGCUGAUUGUGGGUAUCAUGGCUUCCACGGGGAAGUCGAAUCUGGACGAUUCCCGUCGCAGUAUGGGAUCGCCCAAGUUAAAGGGCCGAGCAGAAAACGCGAAAGAUACAUUGUGUCGCAAUGUCACCAUCUACGGCCGAUGUCGAUAUGAAGACAAAGGCUGCGCCUUUAACCAUGACCCUCAUAAAGUCAACUCGGCACAUCAUUCGGACAGUAAUGGCAGUAAGAAGCGAUUAAAUGUCGAUUCUCCCAGCUUUACUCCGUCUCUACUAGCCGCCAACGGCACAUCGACUACGAAGAAAACGACCACAAUCUCCCCUAAAGCGGCCAACGCUGCUCCAUUUCUUCCCAAGAGUGUCGCGUCGCGAUCUAACACCAGCUCUCCAUCCAUACGACAAGAUGCAGCUACACCGGACUGGUCUGUGGCAGAAAUACAGGAUUUUGUGCCCCACGGCUUCGAUGCAACGCAAGUGGCAUCUCUCCAAGGAAACGGCAACGGUGUUUUGGCAUCAGCCGCUGCAUAUGAUCCUUUUGUGACAGCGACCGCUCCGCUCACUGCUGCGGGCGCCGUGGGUCCGGUUCAGGCCAACCCGUAUGCACACGAUGCGGCCGCAUUGAGCGGAGCCGCCUUUUUUGCUGGUCAGAGUGGUUUCCAGCAACCGCUUCAAUAUCACCUAUAUGCACCCAUUGGUCCGCACAACCAGAAUACCCUUGGCUAUCAGCGGAAUGUGCACGACUUCUUCCUGCCCAAUGAUUUCCGGGAAGAAUUGCAAAAGAAAGCCGCUGCUACGUUGCAAACGUUGCCGAACUCCUCGUUGCCCGCCCAAGUCGACUAUUUUCACUCGCUGGUUCCCUUGGACCUGAACAACCAGAAAAACGCGACCAUAUUUGGCUACCCAAGCUGGGUGUAUAAAGCCCAGUCCAGCAAAGACGGCAACUUCUAUGUACUUCGCAGAUUAGAAGGCUUCCGCUUGACUAAUGAGAAGGCAAUUCGGUCCGUGCAAUCAUGGAAGCGCGUCUGCAAUGGGAGUGUGGUGACUAUCCACGACGCGUUCACGAACCGAAGCUUCCAAGACAGUUCCCUGAUCUUCGUGAUGGAUUACCAUCCUCUGUCCAAGACUCUUGCCGAGCAGCACUUGGGAGCCGGAAAUCGGUUCCAGAAUCGUCAUAACACCCAUAUCCCGGAGCAGGUGCUCUGGGGCUACAUGACUCAAAUCGCCAAUGCUCUGAAAGCGAUUCAUAGCAAUGGACUGGCAGCACGGAUCAUUGACCCAAGCAAGAUCUUGUUAACGGGCAAGAAUCGGAUCCGGCUUAACGCGUGUGCAAUCAUGGACGUGGUGCAGCACGACACACAGCGAUCGAUUACGGAACUCCAGCACCAGGAUCUCGUCAAUUUCGGUCAGCUGAUCGUGACCCUGGGUGCGAACUCUCCCAACGUCAUGCACAACCCUACCAAGGCAAUGGAGCACUUUACACGGGCUUACAGUCCUCAACUGAAGAAUUCGGUCUUCUGGCUCUUGAACGCUCUGCAGAAGGAUCAGGAACGCAAUAUUGACAUCUUCAUUACUGGUAUUUCGUCGCAGCUGAUGUCCACCUUCGAUUCCGCGCUCCAUCUGGAUGACCAGCUGACGUCCGAUCUGAGCCGUGAACUCGAAAACGGACGACUCGUGCGACUGAUGGCGAAACUGAACUUUAUCAACGAGCGACCCGAAUAUGAGCACGACCGGCAAUGGUCUGAAAAUGGAGAGCGAUACUUCCUGAAGCUUUUCCGGGAUUAUGUGUUCCACCAAGUGGAUGCGCAAAACAAUCCCGUUGUGGACCUGGGGCAUGUGCUGACGUGUCUGAACAAGCUGGAUGCGGGCACCGAUGAGAAGAUUACCUUGAUCAGCCGCGAUGAACAGAGCUGCUUCAUCGUGAGCUACAAGGAACUCAAGAAGGCCGUCGAGUCAUCCUUCCAGGCGCUGCUGAAACCAGCAGCCAGAAGACUGCACUAGCUCUUGUGUGUUUCUCACUGUUUUGGAGAUGAAAGGGUGAUGACAGACUUUGCCGUGGGUGUCUUCGCUUCUGC